AUGAACAAAUCUAAUAAUAUAUACAACUAUAUCGGACGUUAUGACAAUGUCUAUCAACCGGAGGACUUCAACAUUGCUACAAUGAGCGAGCCCAAUGACACGAACAACGAUUAUACUGAACGUUAUAACAACAUCCAUCAACUAGAG